AUGAACCACGCUCUAGCUCUUACUCUCCUGCUGGGCCUCUGCUGCUCGGCCUGGGCCCAGACUGAGUUGGAAACCAGAGCCAGGGAGUUUCUCAAGAAGUUCGAUGAACAAGCGUCAGCGCUGAUGUACAACUAUUCUCUAGCGUCAUGGGCAUAUAACACUGACAUCUCUCAGGAAAAUGCCAACAAAGAGUCUGAACAAGGUGCCCUAUGGGGAGCAUUCUACGCUGAAAUGUCGGCAGAGUCCGCAAACUUUCCAAUAGAUCAAAUCAAAGACCGAGAAAUCAAACUGCAGCUUAUCUCCCUCCAGGACAAAGGCUCGGGGGCGCUGUCUCCGGACAAACAGGCUCAUCUGGGGAAGGUCAUGAAUGAGAUGAGUACGAUCUACAGCACCGCCACCGUGUGUCUCCCUGACGACCCUUUUAACUGCCAGACGCUGGAGCCAGGUUUGGAGGAGGUCAUGUUCUACAGUAAAGAUUAUUAUGAGCGGCUGCAUGUCUGGGAGGGCUGGAGACAGGAAGUGGGUAAAAGGAUGAGGACGCUGUAUGAAGACUACGUAGAUCUGAAGAACGAAGCAGCCAAACUCAACGGUUUUGAGGACUAUGGGGCGUACUGGAGAUAUAACUAUGAAACCAUCGAAGAGCAGCCUCCCUACACUUACACCCGAGAUGAGCUCAUGCAAGACGUCCGCAAAAUAUACCACCAGAUCAUGCCUCUGUACAAAGAGCUCCAUGCUUACGUCAGGGCCAAACUGAUGGACGUCUACCCCGGACACAUCCACCCUCAUGGCCCUCUGCCCGCCCAUCUGCUCGGUGACAUGUGGGGACGAUUCUGGACCAACCUGUAUCCUCUGUCCAUCCCCUUCCCCGACAGACCAGAUAUCGACGUCAGCAAAACCAUGGUCGAGCAGGGUUGGAAGGAGCAGCAGUUCUUUCAGGAGGCAGAGAAGUUCUUCAUGUCUGUGGGCCUGUACAAAAUGUUUGAUAAUUUCUGGACCGAAUCGAUGUUUGUGAAACCCGAAGAUGGACGCAAAGUCGUGUGUCACCCAACCGCCUGGGACAUGGGCAACCAAAAGGACUACAGGAUCAAAAUGUGCACUAAAAUCACCAUGGAAGACUUCCUGACGGUGCACCACGAGAUGGGGCAUAACCAGUACCAGAUGGCCUACCGGAACCUGUCCUACCUGCUGCGGGACGGGGCCAACGAGGGCUUCCACGAGGCGGUGGGCGAGAUCAUGUCCCUGUCUGCGGCCACGCCCUCUCACCUGCAGAGUCUGGGGCUGCUUCCUCACGACUUCGUAUACGACUCAAAUACGGAGAUAAACUUCCUGUUGAAGCAGGCUCUGACCAUCGUGGCCACGCUGCCGUUCACCUACCAGCUGGAGGAGUGGAGGUGGCAGGUCUUUGCCGGAACCAUCCCCAAAGAUCAAUGGAUGAAAACCUGGUGGCAGAUGAAGAGGGAGAUGGUGGGAGUGGUGGAGCCAGUUCCUCAUGACGAGACCUACUGUGACCCCCCUGCUCUGUUCCACGUGUCCGGAGACUAUUCCUUCAUCAGAUAUUUCACCAGGACGAUUUAUCAGUUCCAGUUUCAGAAGGCUCUGUGUGACGCGAAGGGACACACGGGAGACCUGGCCUCAUGUGACAUCACCAACUCCACCAUAGCAGGAGAAAAGCUCAGGAACAUGCUGGAGCUGGGUCGGUCACAGUCAUGGACCAGGGCCUUGGAAACCAUCUCUGGACACGUGAGGAUGGAUGCACAGCCACUGCUCGACUACUUCCACAAACUCUUUGUGUGGCUCCAAGAGGACAACAAGAAACAUGGCCGUAUUGUGGGCUGGAACCCCACCAUAGACCCUUUUUCGGAAAAUGGCGUCAAAGUGAGGAUCAGUUUGAAAGCUGCAAUGGGCGACAAUGCUUAUCCUUGGAAUGACAAUGAGUUGUUCCUGUUUAAAUCCAACAUCGCCUACGCCCUGAGACAGUACUACCAGCUCAAGAAGAACACCACUGUUAUGCUCACAUCAGACAAUGUCAUAGUUUAUGACCAGACUCCAAGAAUCUCCUUCUACGUCGUGGUGAAAAACCCAGCCGGAAUGAACCAGUUUUUCCCCAAAGAAGACAUAGAGGAAGCUAUCAGACUGUCUCGUGGGAGAAUCAACGAUGCCUUCCAGCUCAGUGACAGCACUCUGGAGUUUGUGGGCGUGCCUCCGACUUUAUCUCCGCCUGCUGAGCAGCCUGUGGAGGUGUGGCUUGUCAUAUUUGGGGUGGUCAUGGGACUUGUAGUCCUCACCGGCAUCUAUAUGGUGUUCUCCGGUAUCAGGGAACGCAGGAGGAAAGUCGUUAAAGAUGAAGUUUUGGAAAACCCAUAUGACUUAGACGGACACUCCAACAAAGGUUUUGAGAGCGAGAAUGAACAAACUGGAUUUUAGGAGUUUAACUCAGUGAACCCUUAAAUAAUGUGAU